GAGGCGCUGAGCGCUUGCGCGAUGAGGCCCCACAGGGGAUGUGGGAUCCCAACCGGAAUUCUGGGGACGCGUCCGAUCCCAGCAGGGCUCCAGUCGACUGUGUAAAGCAAGUCAUGCUUCUGUGCUACUUGGUUUGUUUCCCACCCAGUAAGAGGAAAGCCUUCCUGAGACUGCUGCUGUCCUACCUACCUGUUACUCCGCCAGCCCACCCCAUCUCUGUUUUUCCAGAGUGAGGCUUCACAGUCCCCAGGGGCUCCUUUCAAGACUCACAGAAACCUGCACCUUGGUGAUGGCACAAAGGGACUGUUUACUUACUUGUAGCCUGAAUGACUGCCAAAAAGGAAGGCAAAGGUAGAGCACAUGGGCCUGUGGCUCUCCUGGUAGCUUUGGAGCUCAGACCAUCGCAUCAAACCCUUCCAGAGCCCAAGCAUAGGGCUCAUCUGAACCAGUGAUCUGGAGUCAUGAAUGAAAAAUCUUGUUCUCUCAGGAUGGAGAGCGAAUUCCGAGAUGGACAGGUGGAAAGUGUCUCUGCUGGGCACCCUUCAUUGUACAAGGACAAUGAGACACUCAUGGCUUUCAGAGGAAUUCCUAUCUCAGAGCUGAAGAACCAUGGCUUUCUCCAGGCCCUGACCACAGAAACCAAUGGAUGGCAGCCAGGUGUUGUAAAUUCGGAGGUGCUCAGAGCCCAGGAAGAGUGGGACGUGGUGGACACCAUCCAUCCAGACACAGAGAGUGGAAUCAGCUCCCAACAGCCUGGCCAGCUCGUCUCCUUCAGUGAGGCCCUCCAACACUUCCAGACUGUGGACCUCUCCUCCUUCAAGAAAAGAAUCCAGCCAACUAUUCGAAGGACUGGGCUCGCCGCCCUCCGGCAUUGCCUCUUUGGGCCGCCAAAGCUGCACCAGGGCCUUCGGGAAGAAAGAGACCUGGUCCUCACCAUUGCUCAGUGUGGCCUGGACAGCCAAGACCCAAUGCACGGCCGAGUGCUCCAGACCAUCUACAAGAAGCUGACCGGCUCCAAGUUCGACUGUGCCCUUCACGGAGACCAUUGGGAAGACCUGGGCUUCCAGGGAGCAAACCCAGCUACGGACCUGAGGGGGGCAGGCUUCCUGGCCUUGCUGCACCUGCUCUACCUGGUCAUGGACUCGAAGACCUUGCUGAUGGCCCAGGAGAUAUUCCGUCUGUCUCAUCACCACAUCCAGCAAUUCCCUUUCUGUGUGAUGUCUGUGAACAUCACCCGCAUUGCCAUCCAGGCCCUGAGGGAAGAGUGUCUCUCCAGGGAGUGUAACCGGCGGCAGAAGGUCAUCCCAGUGGUGAACAGCUUCUACGCGGCCACUUUCCUUCACCUGGCACGGGAGUGGAGGACCCAGCAGAGGACCAUCUCAGACUCGGGCUUUGUCCUCAAAGAUUUGGAAGUAUUGGCCAAGAAGAGCCCCAAACGGCUGCUCAAGACUCUGGACGCCUACUUAGCCCGGGUGUCAAAGGGACAGGCCUCCUUGUUGGGGGCCCAGAAGUGCUCUGGAUCACAAGGGCCUUCCUCCAAGGACCUCACCUUCACAGGCGUGUGUGACCUGCAGUCUCACUCACUGGAGAGUGCAGGGCUGAGCUGACCCACCGCAGGGGCCAUUCCUAGAAAGGAAGCUGGGUCACUGGAGCUUUCAGAACCAAAGCCCUUCCUGCCCCUGCAGGUGAGGUCAGGAAGCUCCCACGUGUGGGUAGUGAAGCACAUUCGGGCAGCUAGAAUUUACCUCCUCGCCUCUUUUGAAGCAAGGAGGGUUUUCUGUCGUUCCCCGCUGGGCUGCAGUCACAGGGUUAGGCUCCCGAUACCUCAGUGGAAGUGAACAGACCGCAAAGUAGGACAGCCGCAUCUGAACAGUCUACCCAUCCACACCUAGAGGAAGAAUUCCUGGGAGCUGCUGCUGGGAGUCUGGCAACCCAGCCGCUGCCCGCAGGGUCUGGGGUUGGAGUUGGAGAGGCAGAGGCAACAAUACCUUCGGCCAGCAGGGGGCAGCACAACACAGUUCAAAGCGACUGACUGAUGGGCCGGCCUCUCCUUCAACCACCGCGAUUUUCAGGACUCUUAUUUCCACCUUUCUCCCCCUCCCUCUCCCUCCUUGCCCACCGUGAUUUGUGAUCUCGAAAUGGGCACUCGGCUAGCUAGCCUAGUCAACGUGGCGCCCGAUCCCCACCGCCUGCAGGCCGGGGCUCCUAGGGAGACCACGCACCAGGUUAACUGGUUAUCUGGCCUGGCUCGGAGGCGCUGAGAACCCGCUCACCCACCAGCAGCUUUAGAAUAAAGGAAUUGUUGUA